GGUCUAUCAGAAGUGAAUAUUCUGAUUUUGUUACUUCAGUUGACGGUGGUGAUCGUACAAGCUGAAGAGCUACCUGCUAUGGAUCUUGGUGGCACUUCAGAUCCAUAUGUGAAACUGUUCCUUCUUCCUGACAAAAAGAAGAAGUUUCAAACGAAAGUUCAGCGUAAAUCGCUCAACCCUGUCUUCAACGAGAGUUUCACUUUCAAGAUCCCAUACAAUGAAAUCGGCGGUCAAACCCUGGUCCUCAACGUUUUCGAUUUUGACCGAUUCGGUAAACACGAUCAGAUUGGCCAAAUUUCUAUUCCACUUGGGAAAAUUGACCUCGCUACAACAAUCGAGAAAACCGAAAAUCGGCUGGGAGAAGUUUGCCUCGCAUUGCGCUACGUUCCCAAUAAAAAUAAACUUUCCGUUGUCGUUAUGGAAUGCAAAAACCUCAAGAAAAUGGACGUCUUGGGGUUAUCGGAUCCUUACGUGAAGAUUUAUUUGAUGUUACAAAAUAAGCGAUUAGAAAAGAAAAAGACCACAAUCAAGAUGAAAACUUUGAAUCCUUAUUACAACGAGUCGUUCAGCUUCGAUGUCACUCCGGAGAAAAUGGUGCAUCUCCACAUUACAGUCUCUGAUUAUGACCGUGUCGGCUCCAACGAGAGGAUAGGACAAGUAGGUUUUCUUUCCCACUGUUUAUUGCUGAUGGUCAUAAAAGUCCUAGUUACUGCCGUUUCAGCUACAAGUACAGUUCAAAAGGUACAACCCCCAACUCCAACUUUUUUUUUUGCAAAAAGGUGGAGUAUUGAAAAGCUUCGAUUAUUUGGAACUCACUACUUUAUCCCAAAAGCUUUAACUUCAAAAGCACCCCGGUGA